AUGUCAGGCCUAAUCAAAAUUGCCUCACUGGCAGUUGUGCUAUUCCUGUUCCUAGCCCUCACCUUUCAGUUCCAGUUCAACACAAGCGUCUACGUCCUAGUACAGCAAAGACAAGAGCACGCAAACGCUAGAAACAUUGGCCGGUGGGAACAGAGCAUACCCCUUCCCAUCGUCCCUGUAGCUAUUGCGGUGCUGCCAAGAACAGGCAAAGUCCUCGCCUGGGCUGCCGACAAGCCAAAUGUCUUCUCUAACGCGACGACACAUACUCUCUCCGUCAUCUACGACCCAUCAACGCACCAGGUCAACAAUCAGAAUGUCACCAUCACACACCACAACAUGUUCUGUCCCGGCCUCUCGCUCGACACCUCCGGACGGGUAGUUAUUACAGGUGGCAGCACUUCGGAUGCAACCAGCAUCUAUGACGAAGUCCAAGGGAGAUGGCUUUCCGGCCCACCCUUGACUGUUGGUCGAGGGUAUCACUCUCAAGCGACCCUCUCCGACGGACGCGUCUUUACCAUCGGCGGUUCCUGGAGCGGUCCUCUGGGUGGCAAGAACGGGGAGAUAUUCGACCCCAACAAGCAAACCUGGACAGCCCUUCCAAACACCCUCGCAGAGCCACUCCUCACAAGCGACUUCCUCGGCCCCUUCGCAGGCGACAACCACGCCUGGCUCUUUGCCUGGAGGAACGACUCCGUUUUCCAAGCCGGGCCUUCCAGAGCCAUGAACUGGUACGGGGUUUCCUCCUCAGGAGUCUGCCAACCCGCAGGUUCUCGAGGAAAAGACACCGAUUCAAUGAACGGAAACGCGGUGAUGUACGACGCCCUAGCAGGGAAGAUCUUGGCUGUGGGGGGUGCGCAGCAUUAUAACGACGCCGCCGCGACUAACGCUACCCACAUCGUCACCCUCCCCUCCGACCCGUUCACCAUGCCGCAGGUCCAGGAGCUAAAGGGGAUGAAAUAUCCCCGAGCAUACGCCAACAGCGUUCUACUCCCAACCGGCGAGGUUCUCAUCACCGGCGGAGCAACAUACGCGAAGCAAUGGGCGGACGUCAACGCAACGCUCGUGCCGGAGUUGUUCAACCCUGACACGCUGACUUUCACACCGCUGGCCAAGAUGCCCAUUCCAAGAACAUAUCACAGUGUUGCUGUGCUAUUGCCUGAUGCAACUGUGUUGACCGGGGGAGGGGGCUUGUGCUGGGAGAAGUGCUUGGGGCCGGAGGAGGAGAUAAACCACUUGGAUUUGCAGAGGUUCACACCACCUUAUCUGCUGAGUGGAGAUCCGCGACCAAAGAUCCUGGAGAUUUCCGACACUGAGGUGGAUCUGGGAGGAGUGUUUGAAUUGCUGGUAGGCGGGGAGGUGGCAGAGGUAGCGAUGGUGAGGUACAGCAGUGCGACACAUGCGAUCAAUACUGACCAGAGGAGGGUGAGGCUUGUUCCAACGGGGUUGGGGAAGCAGAAAGGGAGAGCGCUGCAUAGAGUUGAAAUUCCCGAAGACGGAGGGGUGGUGGUGCCAGGAUAUUGGAUGGUCUUUGCCAUCUCAUCAGGGAAAGGGGGAAUGAAGGUGCCAUCAGUAGCAGAGACAAUUUUGAUCCGGGCAAAGUGA